CCGUAAUGCCCGCACGUAACUCCAAACAACGUGUGGUCUAGUUUGACAGUGUUGUGGAAGUGGAGCCUGGGGUCGACUGCAGUAAGUCGUCGUGUCUGCACCUGGUAGUGGCAUAACUGCAGUCUCGCCAUGGGGAAGACGGCCUUAGUGAUCCUGUCGAAAGGAGCAGAGGAGAUGGAGACUGUUAUUCCCGUGGACAUCAUGCGCAGAGCCGGGAUUUCAGUUACGGUUGCGGGACUGACCAGCAAAGAGCCAGUUCAGUGCAGCAGAAACGUGGUCAUCUGUCCUGAUGCCAGCCUGGAGGACGCCCGCAAAAAGGGCCCUUAUGAUGUGGUGCUUCUGCCUGGAGGUAUGCCAGGGGCCCAGAAUCUGGCAGAGUCUCCUGCUGUGAAGGAGGUGUUGCAGGAACAAGAUGGCAGGAAAGGCCUGAUAGCAGCCAUCUGUGCAGGUCCCACUGCACUGCUGGCACAUGGCAUUGGCUUCGGCAGCACAGUCACUACACAUCCUGGCAUGAAGGAGAAGAUGAUGGCUGGAGACCACUAUAAAUAUUCAGAGGCUCGAGUACAGAAGGACGGCCAUUACAUCACCAGCCGUGGACCAGGAACCAGCUUCGAGUUUGCCCUGACAAUCGUAGAGGAACUUAUGGGCGCCGAGGCGGCAGCUCAAGUCAGGGCUCCUCUCAUUAUGAAAGACUGAGUGUUGCUGUGUUCACUUUACAUCCUGCAGGUAGCACUGCCUGUUAUACCAGCUUGCUCACUACUGAGACAGCAAAUCCAGCGUAGCUGGUGCAAAGUCACUAGUGACAAAUCCCUCUCCCCCGGGGAUCAUAAGGGGUAUAUCUGUUCUGACAGAAUACUGUAUUUCUUAGUCUGCAAGGAAAAGGUGCCCUCGUGAAGUUAACACUGAAACACAAUAUAAAUAAAAACUGGACAUGGUUUCCAAAUGUAAUUUUGUUUGAUUGUACUGUAGUCUUUGCACAAAUUGCUUGCUCAUUAUCCUGACUGCUUUAUUGUUUCACUUGCCAUUAAAACCUGGAUGUGA